GUUACAGAACCGAGGACUGAGUGAGGAGACUGCGUAUCGCUAUUGCUCCGCACAUACAGCCAUUGCAGUACAUUGAGAUAGAGCGACAGCCUUUGGAACACUUGUCAAGAUGGGUAAGGAUCCUACUAAGCCCAGGGGCAAGAUGUCUUCCUAUGCCUACUUUGUGCAAACUUGUCGGGAAGAGCAUAAGAAGAAACACCCAGAAGCCUCUGUCAACUUCUCGGAAUUCUCCAAGAAGUGUUCGGAAAGAUGGAAGACUAUGUCUGCCAAAGAAAAGGGCAAGUUUGAAGAUCUGGCUAAGCUGGACAAGGCACGUUAUGAGAGGGAGAUGAAGAACUACAUCCCACCAAAGGGUGAGAAGAAGAAGAAGAGGUUUAAGGAUCCAAAUGCUCCCAAAAGACCCCCGUCUGCUUUCUUCAUAUUCUGCGCUGAAUUCCGCCCGAAAGUCAAGGAAGAGACCCCUGGCAUGUCCAUCGGUGAUGUGGCCAAGAAACUUGGUGAGAUGUGGAACAGCACCUCAUCGGAGGACAAGCAGCCGUAUGAGAAGAAGGCUGCCAAGCUGAAGGAGAAGUAUGAGAAGGACAUUGCUGCCUACCGUGCUAAGGGCAAGCCUGAUGGUGGGCCCAAGAAGGCACCUGCCAAGCCGGAAAAGGCCAAGAAGAAGAAGAAGGACGACGAUGAUGACGACGAUGAUGAUGAUGACGACGAUGACGACGAUGAGGAGGACGAGGACGAUGAGGAAGAUGACGAUGAAUAAAUCAGUUACACCUAGAGCUUAAAUUUCUUGUUUAUAAAGCAUUUAACCCCCCCUGUACACAAUUCACAAAAAAGACAAACAAAAAGAAAGGCUGUGUAUAUGAUAUGUUUUUAAGCUGUACAGUUGUUUUUCUUUCUUUUCUCUUGCUCUCUCUCCUUCUCCUUUUGUAUAGUUAACACUACAAAGUGUCAUCUGUGUUUGUUUUCAUUAACUUCUGUGGUCCUUCUGAGCCACUAUCCUGCCCUGGUACAGUUAAAGGGGGUUGUAAAACAGCUUGGAGGCAGUGAAUUUCUUAGUGGUGCACAGCACACAUUGUAGUUCUGUGAGCUAGUAGUUCUCUUUUCCCGAUGUAUUUGCGUGUUUAUUUUUUUAUUAUGUAUUAUUUUGAAAUUUUUGCCGUAUUAUAAGUUUCUUUUACUGUACUUUGAAUACCACUCUGUAAGCGCAAGAAUAAUAAAAAAAAAAUUGACGCUGUUUUUGUUGAAAUUCUGAAAUGCUUCUGAAGUAAAUAAACCCUUUUUAUAAAAA